AUGUCAAGAGAGGACCCCAUUAAAGCAGAGAAAGAUUUCUCUGAAACUCUUGAGGAGCAAAUUCCGUUAAUCGAGAAAACCCCUGACUACAAGCAGGCUAUUGAGAAGUACUUGGUGUUGGAGAAACAGAUUCGUCAGUCGUCCGAUUUGGCUCUGAGUAAAAGAAUCUUGCACAAGAUCGUCGAAACACUCGUUCAUCACGAUGAUUGGGACUACUUAGAUGAAUUGAUCACGCCCUUGACCAAGAAGCAUGGUCAAUUAAAGACGUCGAUCCAACUGAUGAUUCAGGAAAUCAUCAAGAACCUCAAGUCAUUGGAUAACGACAAGCCUGUUCAAUUGGAAAAGAAGAUGAAAGUCAUCGACACGAUUAGAACUGUCACUGACAAGAAGAUCUUUGUUGAGGUUGAAAGAGCUGUUGUUUCUAAGAUGCUUGCGGAGAUCUACUUGGUGAAAAAGAAUGACUUAGAUAAAGCGACCGAAAUCUUGUGUGACUUGCAGGUCGAGACUUAUUCGCUCAUGCCUUUCGAAGAGAAGAUUGAAUAUAUCCUUGAGCAAAUUCGGUUGACUUUGCAGAAGAAAGAUUUCAGUCAAGCGAAAAUCUUGAGCAGAAAGAUCCUUUUGAAGACGUUAAAAAACUUCGACAAGGCCGACGAAUACAAAGCAACCUACUUGAAGUAUUUGUUGGAAAUCAACAAGCAUGAAAAUGACUAUCUUAUGAUCGUGAGAAACUCGCUUCUUUUGAUUGAGAUUCCACUUGUUAAAACCUCAGCGGAGUACAAAGACCUACUUGUGUCUAUUAUCUACUACAUCAUCUUGUCACCAUUUGACAACUUACAAUCAGAUUUGAUUCACAAGAUCAAGGCCAACUCUGCAUUUUCCAAAAAUGUGGACGCCAAAGUGUUCGAGCUUUUGGAAAUUUUCACAACAAAUGAGCUCAUUCACUCAGAGAACAUCGAAAGCGACUACCGUAAUAACUACUUCAGCAAGUCAUCUGUUUUUGCUGAUAACGAAACAAACAAUACGAAUUUGCAAAACCGUAUUAUUGAACACAACUUGCGUAUAAUCAACAUGUACUAUCUGUUCAUCAAGUUGGACAGGUUAGCAUUUUUGUUGCAGGUGAGUCCCCAGGAGGCAGAGGAACACGUUAGUGGAAUGGUGAACAAAGGCAUGAUUAGUGCUAAGAUCAACAGGCCACAAGGCAUCAUCAAAUUCGAUAAUUUGAAGCAUGGCUCAACGGCAGGCGCCGCGCAGAUCACAAGCAAUAGCGAGAAUAUCAACGAUUUGUUGAACAACUGGAUCUACGAUGUGGACAAGCUAUUAGAAGAGGUUGACAGCAUAGGCCACUUGAUCAACAAGGAGGAGAUGAUGUACGGCAUCAAGCAGAAUACAUAA